GGUAGCUAUGAUCCCCGCCGCCACAGGGAUGCCGUGAGGAGCAGCUGUUGCGCGCAGUCUCCUUCAGUUGCAACCAUCUUUUUGUUUUUGACUUGCUCUCUUGUAAGAGGCUCUAUUGCUUAGUGGUGCUAACGUUUGAUCCACGACGUCUACGCACCGCGAUUGACAGACAGAGGCAUCCUUGUGUGUCCGUCCUAUCGUUUACUUUGUGUUUUUUUUUUCUCUCCAGUUUUUAAAGAUCGCCUAAUCGGGAUAGCGCUGUUGUGAGGCUGUGGGCAAGUCGCCGUCUUACUAUCGUGCCUGGAACAGAUCACGUCUUAUCACUCGCUUUUAUUCAUGCUUGCGGCUUUCUUCAAGGAGGCAAAUAAACCACCCGUCCCCUAUCUUGAGAUAGUCUUUUUUUUUUGGUAAACAGCAAACAACCGCACAAGAGCAUAGCGUUUUUUUUCGUCAGCCAUUAAGCCAUGGAUCAAGAACGCCCCUAUAAUGGCAACUACAGCAGCCGUGCAGGCUCUCGUGCAAACCACCGCGCCUCGGAGACCCCCACAUCGCCAAAUGAUAUAAUGACUCCUCAUCGCGCGAGCACGCCAGAAAGCCCGUAUCUUGCUGCCACACCCGGAGGCGCCAGCAGCAGCAGCCCAUUCGGCGACGGCAUCGAGUCUAGGGCUUCGCACAGAUCUUCGGCGGUCGGUCAGAACCCCUUUGGAACGCCUGCCAUGUCGCGGCCGGCGUCGAGCUACGAGUCCGGGAGUGGCAUCGGCAACAGGUUCGAGGAGCGCGCUCAGCGGUAUUUCCACAGCAGGCGGGUUCGCAAGGGCGAGGUGGAGAAGCCCUGGCUGGAGAAGCGUCACCCCAAGGAGAAAUGGGUUACCAUCCUGCCCAUCAUCGGGAUCCUUGUCGGACUGGGGAUCUCGGGUGUGCUGGUGUGGGAUGGCAUCAGGAGCGUGGUGAAGCACGAGUACUGCAUGGUGCUCGAUGAGAACUUUUCCGGGGGUCUGCGGGACGAUAUUUGGACCAAGGAGGUCACAGUGGGUGGUUUUGGCAAUGGAGAGUUCCAAGAGACAACGGGGACCGACGAAAAUGUCUUUGUCGAAGACGGCGUCCUCAAGAUCAAGGCCACUCUCCAAGACGAGACCAAGAUCCAACAGGACACUGUUAUCGACCUGCUCAAAGACGGCACCUGCACGUCUAAUCUUCAACAGGACUGCAUUGCUGCCACAAACACAACUGUAGGCAAUGCAACCAUUGUCCCGCCCACUCGUUCGGCCCGCAUCAACACCAAAAAAAGUGCUACCAUCAAGUAUGGCCGUGUUGAGGUGUCGGCUCGGAUGCCAGAGGGCGACUGGCUCUGGCCGGCGAUCUGGAUGAUGCCCGUCGAUGAUGUUUACGGUCCCUGGCCGCGAUCCGGUGAGAUUGACAUCGCCGAGAGCCGUGGAAAUGACUGGACAUAUGGUCAGGGCGGCAACAACAUUGCGUCGUCGGCGCUUCACUGGGGUCCUAACGCGGCCAACAAUGCUUGGUGGCGCACCAACAACAAGCGACAAGCUCUCAAGUCGACCUACUCUUCCGACUUCAACACAUUCGGCCUUGAGUGGUCGCAAAACUACCUCUUCACUUACAUCAACAGCCGCCUGCUCCAGGUCAUGUACGUCAACUUUGACCAGCCGCUGUACAAGCGCGGCAACUUCCCAGAGGCUGGAGCCAAUGGCACGCGUCUCCAGGACCCCUGGACUCAGACGGGCCGCAGCCAGACGCCCUUUGACCAGCGCUUCUUCCUCAUCCUGAACCUGGCCGUCGGUGGCACCAACGGCUGGUUCGAGGACGGCAAGUCUGGCAAGCCGUGGCUGAACGGGAGCCCCAACGCCAAGAAGGACUUUUGGGAGGCGCGAGACAAGUGGUUCCCCACCUGGAAGAGACCUCAGAUGGAGAUUCGCAGCGUCAAGAUGUGGCAGCAGUGUGACGGAAACGAGGAGCUGUAAAAGGGCGCAGAAGCACUACUCUGUUGAUGGGAUACUUUUUUUUUGGUCGAUGGAUUACGCCUCCUUCAUUUUCUUAUCUUGGCUUUUUUUCUCUAGUCCAGUUUUAACUACAUAGAUGGUGUUUGGGUAUCAUAAUGUCUUGAUUUUUAGCAGGUAGCAGUACAUGGGACCCUAGUUUGGAUUAUAGUAAGGUAGUGGACUAGUGGACCUUUUUCUCUGGUCUCUAGGAUGAAUAAUGAGAAGAGCAACAUGGUAUUCUUU